AUCAUAAUAUAAUGUAAAUUAAUUGUUCAAUCAUAAAAAGAGAAGAAAAGGAUUAGGGUUCGUGUAGAAUUGUUCACUCUGUUUGUCUAACUAACAGAGACGCAUAGCAGAGCGACGGCACCUUCGAUCCAGGAACCAUGACUAAGAGAACGAAGAAGGCUGGCAUUGUUGGAAAAUAUGGUACCCGAUAUGGUGCUAGUCUCCGGAAGCAGAUCAAGAAGAUGGAAGUUAGUCAACAUAGCAAAUUCUUUUGUGAAUUUUGUGGAAAGUAUGCUGUGAAGAGGAAGGCUGUGGGAAUAUGGGGAUGCAAGGAUUGUGGUAAAGUAAAAGCAGGGGGUGCCUACACUUUGAAUACUGCGAGUGCUGUCACUGUUCGGAGCACCAUCAGGAGGUUGAGGGAACAAACUGAGAGUUGAGCUUUUUGUUUGAUGUAAGAUUUUGACUAAAUUAACUUGAAAAUGUUUCGUUUUUGUUUGGAGAGCUGUAUUGUUUUAAUGCAAUUUGAACCUUUUGAGACGAUGUUUUGCUGGAAAGUAUCAGGGUACCAGUUUAGUUUAAUGGCUUGAAA